AUGGCUUCUAGCAUCGUUAAUGCGCCUCAGCCUAAGGCGGAUGUCAACCGGUACUUGAGCAACUCGGUGCACGAUCUUCUGUCUCUCAAAGGGCGAACCGUUGUAAUCACAGGCGGCGCUCGCGGACUCGGGCUAGCGUUUGCGUUAGCAGUCGCCGAAGUAGGAGGUAACAUCGCCAUUCUUGAUGCAGCCCAAGAGCCCCAUGAUCACUUUUAUCGAAUCGAGCAAGAGCACGAAGUCAAGAUCAAGUACUACAGGAGCGACGUCACAAAUUACGAUAUUUUGAAAGAGACAUUCAGCAAUAUUGUCAAAGACUUCGGUCGAAUCGAUGGGCUUGUCACUGCCGCUGGCAUUUGUCCCGACGAGCCGUUCUUGCAAAGAAGCCCCGAGUCCGUGGCCAAAUGCAUGAACAUCAAUGUCCUCGGCACUUACUAUGCCGCGCAGCUAGCAGCUGCACAGAUGGCUAGCCAAGAGCCAACUGAUUUCAACCCCCGCGGAGGCUCCAUCGUCAUGAUAGCAUCAAUUGCUGCGUACGUCGCUAGCAAAGGCCAGACAACCAGUGACUACUGCUGCAGUAAGGGUGCAGUGGUUGCCUUGGCCAAAGCUCUCGGUGUCGAGCUUGCUGCGAGCGGCAUCCGUGUCAACAGCAUCUCUCCAGGAUACAUGGCGACUGACAUGACGCUGGACUUGUGUAAUCGUUAUCCCCAUCUUGGAGAAAUCAUGAACACAGAGCCACCCAUGCGGCGAAUGGGUGAUCGCACUGAUCUAAAGGUUCCUGUGGUGUACCUGCUGUCAAACGCGAGCGCCUAUCACACCUCAGAUGAUAUUUUGAUAACCGGAGGCAUCCAUGCUGGCAGGCUGAUGUAG